CGCCCAGAGGAGCGACCCACCGCCCGAAGCUACGCUGCUGAUUGGUGGGAAAUCCUUUCAAAGUGUCCGCCAACAUUCAGAGCGGGCCGCCCUCUGCUGCUCUGCUGGAAGCCUCUUCUCUGGUUGGUCUGUCAGCAAGUCUCGCUCCGCGGACAUAUAAAGGAGCUUUCUGCUGGUGGAGCAACACUUUUUAAGAGCUGAGCUACACUUUUAAAACAAGUCAAUCAUCUUGCCUCUUCAGUUCAGUCCAUUCCACCAUGUUUGGGUCAAUCAUCCUGCUAUUGCUCUGCAUUAUCUUCAUCAUCCAGCUACUCAAAUCCCGGAGGCCCAAGAACUUCCCACCAGGACCCCCUGUCCUUCCGAUACUGGGGAACAUUUUGCACCUGAGCGUAGACAACCCUCUGAAGGACUUUGAGAGGCUGAGGAAGUCUUAUGGAAAUGUCUACAGUUUGUAUCUCGGUUCCAAACCAACUGUAGUCAUCAAUGGGAUGAAGGCCAUGAAGGAGGUCUUGGUGACCAAGGGCAUUGAUUUUGCUGGAAGACCCCAAGACCUGUUUGUCAAUGACACCGUCCAGAGGAAAGGUAGAACAGACGUGAUAUGUCAAAGGGCAGAGAGUGUAUUAUCAAACUUGGCUGAUUUAAAAAAAAAUAAAAGUAAUCAGACAUACAGAGUAGCCUACUACAUGUCAGCGAUGUGUCUUUUCCUUUACAUAUAAAGUAUAUAUCAGAUCGGCACAUACGGGUACUUCGG